AUGUAAAGAAGAAAUAUAGAAUAAGUAAUAAAAACAGAUUUUAAUGAAGAAUACUAAAAUAAUUAGAAAGUUAUUUACGCUUAAGUAAGAUAAAGAAAUAAAACAUAACCACAUAAAAAUGAUGAUGGCCAAAAAUACUUUGAUAAAACUUCCAAAUUGAAUAUUUCUCAUUAAGUAUUAAAUAAUUAAAUUAGAUGGUGGAAAAGACACCAUAACAUUCCCCUUACAUAAAUAUGAAUUUCAGUAAUCAUCGACAAUUGUUUAAAUAGAUCUAUAAUGGAAACUUAUAUGAUUUUAUGAAGAAAAAAAGGGAUUUGAAAACACAAAAAGUGAUUAAUGAUCAGCCAUGA